CACAUACGCACAAUCUUAAUGCAGUCAUCCGUAGGCCCCCAUUUGUAUGUUUUAAAAGAGCAUGUCUGCAUGUCACUCAUUGUUUCUGUUUUUCUUUACAGUGCAUCACUAGACGAAGGAAGCAGCUCAGCCUCCGGCUUGAGUGGACAGGAGACUGAUCUCACUGAUGAAGAUGCAGCUUUCUCUGAGCCUUCUUCUUCUUGCUCGUUUGAUGGAAGUUUGAAAUCAGAGAGCAGUGACUCAGAGCCAAGAUGGCCGGAGGUUCCGCCUGUGCUCAACCAGAACGAGGAUCGGAGGAGAAACAAGUACCUGAGAAAAGACUACCUGAAGUAUAAGUGCCAAAGUGCUCGAAGAAACUCCAGUGGUAACGACAACGAUUGUGAGGAGGGAAUGCGAUCUAAUGAUUUCACCACAACUCUCACUGUUUUUGGCCUGAAACCCAGAUCAGCCUUCUCCCGUGGAAAUCGUCAAGACUUCAGCUCCACAGACCCAAGCUUCACCAUGAGGAGAAAAAUGGAGCACCUCAGGGAAGAGAUGGAGCAGAUCAGACUCUUGCGGCAGAACCUUGAGUCUAGGCUAAAGGUUUUGCUGCCAGACGAUGUGGGCGCUGCCUUGAUGGAUGGUGUUGUUUUAUGCCAUCUGGCAAAUCACAUUCGCCCUCGUUCCGUAGCCAGCAUUCAUGUACCUUCCCCUGCCGUGCCAAAGCUGAGUAUGGCCAAAUGUCGGCGGAAUGUUGAGAACUUCUUGGAUGCAUGUAAAAAGCUUGGAGUGCCACAGGACAAGUUGUGUUUGCCGCAUCACAUCCUAGAGGAGCGAGGUCUGGUAAAGGUUGGUGUCACUGUACAGGCACUGCUGGAUCUUCCGUCAUCAAAACCCAACCAACUUUCUACCAUGUAGCAUCGCUGGAUCAUGGGACGUCUACUAGCAUCCCUUUACCCUGCCUUACCACCUCAUUCUCACUCCUCACUCUCAAUGCUGAUCUUUGACCUACUAUGGGGAGGUCAUGACCCUUCACCCUUCACAACUGUGGUGAACAGGUCGGCUUCCCCCUACCUCUUACAAGCCUCUCUGGAGGGGUCUAGACAUUUUAAACCUUCAAUAUCUUGCCCUAUAUGAGGGAAAAUGUAAUUCUUAAAGCCACAGAUUUCAUUCUGAGGGGAAACACCUGUUUCUAUUCUACAACUGGCAAUGCCGUCUGUCCCCUCUCAAUGCUGGACGCCUCAGUCUCCUUUAUUUUGUGUCUACUUCUCAUCUCUCUCAUGUUUGCUCUUCUCUUGGACCGGUGAGCCCCCAGCGGGCGAGGACAUGAGAAAAGCCUGCAGCUGUCUGGCCGAUUCUGGACCAGAGGGAAGAUGAUAUUCAGUGCCCUCUCCUGUAUGAAGUCACUAAGAGCUGUCAAACAUCUUGUUACAUUCUGACUGUUGUUUCCUGUCUCUUUGAAGAAGUAAGUGGGGCAGAGACAUGUAUUGAUGUGCAUGUAAUAACAACCAGACCAUUAGCGAGGACACCUGGAAAGGAAAGUGUUGCCAUAAAAACUGACACUGCUGUCGCAGCUGUUGAUGUAUUGCAGUCAGGUGAGUCAUCGGCACUGCAUUAGAAAGUAAUCAUAUCUUUCUGCAUGCCUGGGCGCUUGACAGUGCAGAUACUGCUCACGUGGCCAUGCAAAACAAAGACUUUUCUGUUUUCUUCUACGUAAAUGCCAGCUUUGCCUAAUGUUUGUUUUCAUUAGUGUUUUUCUCACAGGUUUUAUUAAGUGCUUAAGUUCUCAUAUCCUGCGUAUGACAGGAAUUCACAACAUGAUGAAGUUUCAUGCGUGCCAGUGUAAUUGCAUUGUGCUAUAUUUUUGUCUGUUGUGCAGGUCUUGGCAGGUAUGGAAAGCUUCAGCACUAAAAAUAGGUCAAUUGUUAGCAUUUGCAAAGCCUAAUUAUAAUUACAGAGUAAGAACAGUUCAAUAAUGAAAGCGGUGCGUUUGAUUGUAUGAUUAGAUACACAAUCAGCUAAAGAAUUUGUGAUUUGUAAAGAAACAAAUCAGGAGAGUCUUUGAUACUUGGAAAACUGAAUUAAGUAAAGGGUUUGAUGUGCAGCAGUUCGUUCACCACAGUAAACUGUGAAGGUUUAUAGAAAUUUUAAAAUAUGUACAAAUAGUUUUCAUUUGUUUUAUCUGCGAGUUUAUUUAUUUACUUUUAUGUACUUUUGUAUGUUUUAUUUAUUUCUUUGAGUUCUAUUUACUUCUUUAUCAACCUCAGAACUACAUUAACUGUAUUGUCCAAAAAUCAGCAAUACUUUUCAGAAAUUCUGGAGUGUAAUUUAUUCGUUUCCAAACAUGGAAACUGGGGCAGUCAUCUUAACAGGUUGUAGCUUUGGAAGUUCCUCGCAGGCAAUUUCUGUAUGUCACUGUAUUUACACAGAAAGCCGCUAUUUUUAGAAGAUCAGAUGUCAGUGUUUACAUGUCCUGUUUUGGGGAUAGACUGUACAUGUGGUGCAUCAGUAAGUGAUUUCUCCACAUAUUUAAAAGUUCCUGAUAAUUUGUUUACCCCAUGUUAUCCACGAUGUUCAUGUCUUUCUUUCUUCAGUCGAAAAUAGAUAAAGGUUUUCGAGAAAAACUUUCCAGGAUUUUUCUCCAUAUAGUGGACUUCAGUAGUCGUCAAUGGGUUGAAGGUCCAAAUUGCAGCUUCAAAGACCUCUACACGAUCCCAGCUGAGGAUUGUGGUCAUUUACUAAAAAAACAAGUGGUCAUUUUCUAAAAAAACACAAAAAAAAAAUUAUACUUUUUAACCACAAAUGCCUGUCUUGCACUAGCUUGACUUGGCUAUGCAUUACAUAGUCACGUUGGAAAGGUCACGUGUGAUGUUGAAGAAAGUACCAACCCAGUGCACUUUCAAAGCAAACAUGCAAAGAAAAUCAAACAGCCUUUACCAAAAAAAAGGUAAAACAAUGAUGUCAGAUGAUUUUGGAUUUGUUUUUCUCCAUAGACUGUAAAAAUGGCUGUGAAUUUAACGGUAAAAAACUGUAUGCUACAAUAAAAACCUGUUAAACGGUUAACGGUAAGUUCCCCUGUUAUAUACGGUGAACAACUGUAUUUGACAUUGCAUGUAAUUUUACGGUAGUAAACUACCGUUUUUGGAAGUGAAAAUUUACAGUGAAUAACCGUAAAUUGACAUUCCCAGAAUUCGCUGUGUUACAUUUUGUGAUGUUUUGUUGUUGAAAUAACUGUUUCUUCUUGGUUUUUUCUUAUCAGUUUUGUACACCAGUGUUGUAUGCUUUGUUUAUUGCAUUAUUUCAGUUUCAUGUGUGUUACCAUGGUGGGGUUUAGUGUUUGUGUGAAUGAAACUGUGCACCUUUUGUAUAUGUGUAUCAUGUGACUUUCUCAUCACCACCUGCUUUUUCAGAGUAUUACAAAGGUACAAAACAGAUUUCAGUACUUCAAUAGGUUGGUACAUUAACAUUACAUCAGUUAAUGCAAUUACGGUAUUUAAAUGUAAAUUUAAGUUCAGCCGUUUUUUUACCGUGAAAUUUAGGGAUUUUUUUACAGUGUACACUACACGUGAUGAACCAAAGCCCAUCACAAGCACCUUUUAAUUAUUAAAAUAUGAUGGACAGUGUCAUUCACACAGACAGUAAACACCAUCAUGGUAACACACAUGAAACUGAAAUAAUGCAAUAAACAUUAACAACAUUGUAACA